UUCAAAUUUGACGUACCGUUCCGCGCGCAGUUUCAUAUUUGUUUCUUUCCUCCUGAAAUGCUGCAACUAGAACAUUUUGCGCACAUUUCUUGAUUUUGAAUCAUAUUACAGCCGCGAAGGAGAUACGUUGUUUGGAGUAAAACGAGUUCAUAAUAGCGGGGAAAUUCGUGGGAACUUUCACAAGGAAGGAGUUCCAUUGAUCAUAGUACAAUUCUUAUUCGCUAUUGCAUCAAUACGACCAACCGAAAUGACUAAUUCAAUUACACUAAAGAACUAUUACAAGGUGUUGAAACGAUACACUACAUUGGCCAUCAAGCACCGAAACCCAACGAUUGUCAUUCCGGAUUGCCUUGUGUAUCGGUUCAAGCAAAACGGUACCUGGAAGCAGCUAGCACUAAUCUGUCUACGCCGAGAGGACCUGCUUAACGUGUUCAUGGAAUGGGCGUACGAUCUGGCCGAACGGAAUCUGAAACAGAAGUACCUAGCGUAUGGAUUCCGCUGGCAGAAGCGCACGACUUACGUGAAUCUGUUCAUGUACUGGGCGCGCUACCUGAUUGCUUACGAUCCGACCAACUACAUACCGUUCGGCUACGUAAUGUUUCGAUUCGAUUUCGUGCUGGGCCAUACCAUCGUCAACAUUUACGACCUACAUGUGGAGGAGCAGUACCAGCGCAAAGGCAUUGGUACCCAUCUGAUGAUCACGCUGGAAGUGCUUGCUCGCCGUUUCGGAGUGCAGCUGCUGAUGGUGGCGGUGGCUAAGAAGGAUGUUGAUUUGAAGAGAUUUCUUAUUCGAUUGGGUUACCGGGCGGAUAGCAAGGAAAGCGCCAAAUAUCCCGAAUGUGAGGUGCUCAUAGCGCCCACGAAGUGUUACAAGAUCAUGAACCAAGGAAGUUAAACUAACAGGCAUAAUUUACUCAUUUUUAGUGUUCAGAAGUGCUGAGAGCGUGCUAGGAGAUAAGUAAUGUAAAGCAGCAAAUUUUUGGAUCAACCUUAGGAUGAUGAUCCUGCUAUAAGCAUUUGGAGUUCCUGAGUUUUUUGUGAAGUGAAGAUUUAGCAAAUAAAAUUUGCUGUCUCGAUACACGCGUUAAACGAACAAGAAUUGAAAGACAACAGCAACAACGUGAAUACCUUCAUUGGAGUGGAAUUCAGUAAGACCAAACGAUCUGGAACAUCAACAUCCGAUACGGGAGAUUUGUUACGAUUUCUCUGUUCAUGUACGCCGAGAGGACCUGCUUAACGUGUUCAUGGAAUGGGCGUACCGUUGUUACGAAAGAAUGCAUUUUGUCUUAUUCCUUCGCGUGAUCGGCAUGUUGAAAAAGGAGGGUUUAGGUAUUAGAUGUACUGUGCCAGAGCGCACAAUUGAAUUCGUCUGGAAAGAUGUAAAACAAAAAUUCACUCGAGUAUCUCCCGGAUCUCACAAAUGCUCAGCCAACUCUACCGUAGGCUUGUUUUUAGAUCAAUGAUGAUCAAUAUGAUCACAAAGAUGAUCAAUAAUGAAAAAAAUGCUUGUGAAUUAUCAAAUCCUUAUUAAAGAGUGAAAUAAGUUAAUUGAACA